AGAGGGCUCCAGAUGCAAGGAAUCUUAAUAUCCAAGGACCGCAUGUCAGAGCCACACAGAUCUUUCAUCAUCAGUAGCAAAUGUGGAAUUGUCUCUCUUUUUGAUGUGGAGUGCUCGAAGUGUUUACUUGGCACCCUUACUGGGAGAAGCACCCCUUCUUUCCAUAAAUUUUAUACCAUUCAGUGGAAGUUUCUGCAUGAACUGUAAAACAUUUGUGAUUAGCAAGGAACCAACCUGAGAAAUGGGAGAAACCCACAUCAGAAGUCAGGAAGGAAUAACAGAAACAACUCCAGAAUGCUAAGACCAUGCUAUUGUUUCCCAGGAGUGAAAGAUUGCUGGUACACUGAUGAAGGGAAAUGGAAAAGAUCAUGAGACUGUCUCUGCUUAAAGAAUUUCCAAUCGUUCAAGGAAGAUUGGCUUGUAUAAACCACGUACCACAGGAAGUGAUACUGAUGCAAUAAAGUCCAAAAUGACCACCCUGCCCCCACUACCCGUGACACAUCCGAAGCUAGUGGCCUUGGCCAGACAGAAGCUGCCGUGCUCCCACGGAACCAUUCCCAGGUCUCAACUGAUCAAAGAGAAAGAUGACAUAGAUCAUUAUCUGGAGGUGAAUUUCAAAGGAUUGUCAAAAGAGGAGGUUGCUGCUCACAGGAACUCGUACAAGAAGAACAUCUGUGUGGAUAUGCUGCGGAACGGUUACCACAAAUCCUUCACUGAGCUCUUCGGUCUCAUGGAACACUGGGAUGCCCUGAGGGAGACAGCGAGAGUGAGGUCCCUUAUCUGGCAACAGAAGCCCUUGGAGGAGCAGCCGGAUAAACUGGACUGCUUUUACUAUUACCUGACCAGGGCUGAGGCUGCAGAGAGGAAAGAAUUCUUUGAAGAUGUAUACAACAAUUUGUAUGCUCUGGCCUGUUACUUCAGUAAUUCUGAGGACAAGUGGGUGAGGAACCACUUCUACGAACGAUGUUUUAAGAUUGCCCAACUGAUCAAAGUUGAUGGUGGGAAGAAGGAAGCCGAGGCAUAUGCACACAUGGGUCUUCUCCACGAGGAAGAUGGUCAGCUUCUGGAAGCUGCAGAGUAUUAUGAGACCUUCCAUCAACUGACGCAGGGGCGGAUAUGGAAGGAUGAGACGGGCCGUGUUCUCAACUUGUUGGCCUGUGAGAGUCUCCUGAGGACCUACAGAUUACUCUCAGACAAAAUGCUGGAAAAUAAAGAAUACAAACAGGCCAUCAAAAUUCUAAUAAAAGCUACUGAAAUAGCCAAAGAAGGAAAUGACAGAAAGAUGGAAGGAGAAGCGUCCUAUUACUUGGGAUUGGCAUAUUUAGCUGCUGCAGAAUAUGAAACAGCAUUAACAGUCCUUAACACAUGCUGCAGAAUCUCCGCAGACCUGGACGACGAUCUCAGCCUGGGGAGAGCUUACGAAGCCAUAGCCAAGGUCCUGCGGAGCCAAGGAGAUACAACGGAAGCAGUUAAAUACCUGAAAAAGUGUUUGAAAAUUUCAAAAAGCAUUUCUCAAAACCUAGAUAUUGUGAGAGAAAGUACAAUGCUUGGAGACAUCUAUAACGAAAAAGGAGACUACAGCAAGGCUUCUAAAUCAUUCCAGCAAGCUUUUGAUACAACUGUAGAGCUAAUGAAUGUGUCCCUGAUGGAUGAGACCAAAGUUCAUUAUGGAAUAGCAAAAGUGGAUCAGAUGAUGCUGGCCAUGAGCAGUUAUAUAGAAUCUGCAGAUCUCAACAGCCUUGAUGCCUUGCUGUCUUGGAAGGAGAGCAGAAGUGACAUUGAACUUGAUAUGGUUGCUGGAGAGUCUAGAAGAUCCACAGAUGCAAGUGAAAUUCGAAACCCAGGAUAUCUGGAGGAAUUUAGCAGGUUUCUAGAUAAUGGAAAAGAUUGAAAUGUAAAUGAAGCAACUUUUGACUCAACAUCAAAGCAAGAAGAAACUUAUGUCAUCCUUCACUUUGAUUCCUGUAAUAUGAAUGUGUCACAAAUAACACAGCUACAAUAAAAUUGACUGACUU